UUUACGUUGCUGAGUCAAAAUCCGGUUGGCGGGAAUUCGAUUCCACAGCUUCCGAUUUUGAUCGUCGGAAAAAAACAACUGAAACGUUGAUUUGAUGUGAUCCAAGACAGAAAGAGAUGGGAUUCUCGGAUAAUUCCAAGGGAUUGGUACUAGCAGUGGCUUCUAGCGCCUUUAUUGGUUCCAGUUUUAUUUUGAAGAAGAAAGGGCUCAAGCGUGCCGGGGCUUCGGGUCGCGCAGGCGUUGGGGGUUAUACCUACUUACUGGAGCCACUUUGGUGGGCAGGCAUGAUAACUAUGAUUGUUGGGGAGGUUGCAAAUUUCGUUGCUUAUGUGUAUGCUCCUGCAGUUCUAGUUACCCCGCUUGGGGCAUUAAGUAUAAUUGUGAGUGCUUGUCUGGCACACUUUAUGUUGAAGGAGCGAAUUCAGAAAAUGGGGAUUGUUGGGUGUGUUACCUGCAUUGGUGGUUCAGUGGUUAUUGUCAUUCAUGCACCACAAGAGCAUACUCCAAGUUCUGUGCGAGAAAUUUGGGCACUGGCGACACAACCAACUUUUCUAAUUUAUGUAGCAGCUACACUUUCAGUAGUUUUAGCUUUGGUUUUGCAUUUUGAACCUCGUUACGGGCAGACAAACAUACUAGUUUAUUUGGGAAUAUGUUCCUUAAUGGGUUCUCUUACGGUUGUAAGCAUCAAAGCCAUUGGAAUUGCUAUAAAGCUUACAUUAGACGGGAUAAAUCAGAUAGUUUAUCCUCAAACUUGGUUUUUUCUUACUGUUGCUGCAAUCUGUGUCAUCAUGCAAUUAAAUUACCUUAACAAGGCCUUGGAUACAUUCAAUACCGCAAUUGUUUCUCCAGUAUAUUAUGUGAUGUUCACAACUCUGACAAUUAUCGCUAGUGUAAUCAUGUUCAAGGAUUGGUCAGGUCAAAAUGCGAGCAGUAUUGCCUCUGAGAUUUGUGGAUUCAUCACUGUGCUCUCUGGAACAAUCAUUCUUCAUGCAACAAGAUAACACGAACCUCCUCCUCCAGUAGGAACUGUUACAUGGUAUGUUAGUGGUGAUUCAAUGAAGAAUCCCGAGGACGAACAUUUAAUCACACUACGCAGUGUCUUGAUCUCCUCCAUUGACCUGGAUAGAAAUAUUUGGAAAGCAGAAGUUCCUUUGCAGGUGUCAGCAAAAGCCAGAAAGGUAGUUUCAUUUGAUACCUUUUUGCAGACCCUAAUUUCCAUUCAGUUAAUGGCUCAAUGCAUCUCGAAUUCUUUCCAUCGUUGUCAACUUCGAAGGAGUUUAGUAUCGAGUCCCAUUUGACAACGGUGAUCUCAUUUUCCCUUACAGUUGUAAAUUAGCAGAGAGAUUAUUCUUUUUUCUUGAUAUGCUCUUUUUGUUGAG